UGAUCACAAUAGAGAACAGCUCAUUUCCUCGUUACCACUACUCAACUGCUGUCACUGCUUAACUUUUGACAAAUUUUGUUCACUAUGGUCGGACCCUAAGAAAGGGCGGAAAGGAAGUCACUAGUUGUACUAUGAGAGUGUUUACAAUUAUGAGGAAAAUGAGCGUGGCCAUAUUUUUAAAACAAAAUAUGAAGAUUUUUUCAACGACAGCGUUUUCUUUGAAAUGGAAAAUUUUGUUGUAAGAGUGGCAACAUUCAUCACCUUAAAACACAGAUUUUAAGUUGUAUAUUUAGUCCGGCAACCUUGAAAAACAUAUGACAGAAAUUUAAUAUUUAAAACAAGUGUGGCAAUACUGGCCCUACACGUGUUUAAUAAAUACAGUGUUACUGAAAAACUAAAUUCGUGAAAACAAUUGUAUUUAUCAAUAAAAAAUAAAGAGGAAAUGUCGUUUAAUAGAGGAGGACGUGGCGGAGGCUUUCGUGGGAAUCGUGGAGGAAAUCGCGGUGGCGGUGGACGAGGCGGAGGCGGUGGUAAUCGCUUCGGGGGCCGCGGAUUCGACCAAGGACCACCUGAUCGCGUUAUACCUCUAGGUUCUUACAGUUAUUCAUGUGAAGAUGAUCUCGUUUGUAAAGUGGAAAUUGAGGAUGUUCCUUAUUUCAAUGCCCCGAUAUAUUUGGAAAAUAAAGAACAAAUUGGGAAGAUUGAUGAAAUAUUUGGAACCAUACGUGAUUAUUCCGUGACUGUCAAAUUAUCCGAAAAUUUGAACGCAAAAAGCUUUAAAAGUCAUCAAAAACUGUUCAUAGAUCCGGCAAAGUUGUUACCCAUCUCGAGAUUUUUGCCUAAGCCACCACAAAAAAAGGGUAGUAAGAAAAAUAGUCUGAAUGGUGGUGCAGGUGGUCGUGGUGGUGGGUUUGGUCGCGGAGGAGGAGGCUUCCGUGGCGGAAACAGCGGGGGCGGUGGGGGCUUCAAACGAGGAGGAGGCGGUGGACGAGGUGGAGGUUUUGGACGAGGUGGCGGCGGUGGUCGAGGCGGAGGUGGUGGCGGUGGCGGUGGUAGAGGUCGAGGCGGUGGACGAGGUCGCUGGUAGUACGAAUAUUUCACUCUAUAUUUGGAAAUCGUAUUAUCUGUACAAUUUAGAUUAUAAAAAUAAUAUUUUAUAUGAAAA